GGGACCUACAGCGGGCGCGGCGGCGGCGGGCCGGGGCCGCGGUGUAGACGCCCUGCCGGCUCGGGGCGCGGCGGCCGGUGGCAUGUCAGAGACAGGGAGACGGUCUCCCUCUGGGCAGAAACGGCGAGGAAGCAUGUUCCCGGGCAGUGGCUGUCCCCAGUCUGACCCUGAGGCCCCGCCUCGGGCCCGUAGGAUGUGAAGCCAGCGCACAUCCCCAUGGACUCUCUGGAGAUGCAGAUCAAGAUGAAGGACAUCGGGCAGCAGCUCUGCAGCACGAGGCUGACCGACGGGGAGCACAGUGCCCUGACCAUGUCGCCCCGGCAGCCCAGCACCAACCGGGACCCCCGGCCCGAAGCCCCCACCCUCCUGUACCAGGGCUCUGAGGCUGAGGCCUCCCUGCUGACCCUGGCCACCUGCUUCAAGUGCAAGAGCGUUCACGAGGUCCCCAUCCAGGACCUGAAAACGGGGUCGGGCAGCGGGCAGGAACCUCGGGAGGACAGAUACGUCUGCUUCAGAUGCAACUUUGCCGUGGCCCCCCAUCCCUUCCCCUUCCCCAACAGCAACCCCAGCACCCCCCAAGUCCUACAGAGCACGGCCGAUGUCCCCCCCAGCCCCACCAUCGCCACUGCUCCAGGGAACAAAUUCAAGGUACGGAACUUUAAGCCGGGCAAGUACUACUGUGACAAAUGCCGCUUUUCCACCAAGGACCCGCUGCAAUACAAGAAGCACACCACCCAGCACGAGGAGAUCAAGUUCAUCUGCUCACACUGCAGCUACGUCUCCUACACCAAGGGCGAGUUCCAGAGGCACCUGGUGAAACACACAGGUGUCUUCCCCUACCGCUGUGAAUACUGUGACUAUGGAGCCAUCCGGAACGAUUACAUCGUCAAACACCGCCGCCGGGUCCACGAGCGGGCUGGGGGAGCAGCCAAGAGGCCCCCCAAGACUCCGGCCAGGCCCGAGCCCAAGCGAACCACCGUCCCACUGAAACCCAGGGGGCCCGAACCAUUCCGAGCCCUGUCGGAGCAGCUGGCCCGGUUCUCCGGCCAGGCCACCAAGACGCGGAUGCCCAACCCGCCGUCGUCAUCCAGGGAAAGACAGAAGGACGUGGUGUGUGUCCCCAACAGGUCCACCAAGGGGGCCGGCCGCUUUGAGGACAAGAGUGUGGAGGUGGAGGUGUUGUCCCCAGCCCGGGAGCCACUACAGCCGGGGAUGCCGCUGACCGUGGUGGCCCCCUCGGAGCUGGUGGUGCCCGCCAACUGCCUGGCCCAGCUGGUGGACGUGAAAGUGGUCAACGGCACCCAGCAGCUGGUGCUCAGAUUCUUCCCGCUGGACGAGAACGGGAGCCCGGAAUCAGCUGCCGCAGAGGGGGCAGAUGCAGGGGACCGUGGGUGCAUGGAUGGGGACAAGGGCUUGUGCCGGCCGGACCCCAGGGUGUGCGGGGAGCAGACCAGGUCACCAGGGGCCCAGGGGUCUGGGGAGGGACAGGUGCAGAAGCUGGGCGGCUUCCACAGCUUGCAGCCUCUCAUCCAGAAACAGCUGAGAGACGUCAGGUGGGUCCGGUCCUAUGACUUCUUCAUGUCCAAGGGGGGCAUGCGGGGAAGCCCCCGGGAGUGGCUGCUGCCCUCAGAGCGGGGCAAGGAGGACUGGCAGGACAGAGGCACCCGCCACCCCCACCAGGCCCCCUUUCCUUCACUCAGCCUGAAAAGGCCACUCUCCCCCACGUCUCUCGUGCGGAAUGGGGUCCUGCGGGGCCUGGCAGCGGCCUCAGGCCCGAUCCCGCCCAGAGCAGCCACUAACUUGGCAGAGGCUGGGGUUGCACGGAGCCCCCCCGGGAGCUCAGAGGUGUUGUUCCCUCUGCCGGUGGCCCCAGCUGCCCUGACCUUCCCGGCAGACACGGGUCUGAUGGCCCUUGGCAGGAGUGGCCUGAACCCCCGGGGUCACAUCAGUUUUCCCGUGAACAUGGUCCCCAGCAGCCGGAGGCUGAGUGACAGCCAGGCCGAGGAGCCCAGGACAGCCUUGCAGUCGGGUUCCCCCUGCGCACCAUCCCAAGGCGAGUAUCUGCAGCUCGGCAUCCCGAGGGGCGAGGACCCAGCCAGACCCCAGCGGCCUGGGGCCAGGCCUUUGGAACUGACCGCUUCCCAGAGGCCCCGGGACGCCAUGGAGGGCCCGGUCAUCUCCUCCGUGUUCUCCCUGAGCUCGGGGUCCACGGACGUGCCCCGGGACGUGCAGUGGAGCGGCUCCGGCUCCGGCUCUGGCUCCAGCUCCAGCUCCAGAAUCAAAUCUCUCGAGCUCCUGCGCAGGAAGAUCGCCAAGCUCAUCGAGUCGUGCGGCAGGCCUCCAUCCCUGGCCUCCAGCACCGUUCAGCGCCACCCACCGGAGAAGGGGAGGCCCCCAGCCGCCCCCCGGAAUGGCCAGGAAAUCAGUGUGUCCUUCCCAAAGGCCCAGGGCGCUGGCGACAUUCCCCCUGGGCGAUUGUACCCCCAGUUCCUAGAGGGUGGUAGUGGGAAGUCAGAGGGCAGAGCCACCAGGAAGAGUCACAUCACCACUCCCGUUUUGAUCCCCAAGGGGGCAGUGUUGAGAGUCCUGAACUCCUCUGAGGACACUGGCAUCAUCGAGGCCACCUGCGACACACCUGUCACCAUCUCCUGCCGCGAGGCAGGGCUAAUAGACAAGCCCCUUCCCUUCUGCCCGGCCACACCAACAAACUCAGAUGCCCAAACGUCCUUCACAGGUGGCCCCGUGGACGCAUCCCCAAAUCCUGACACCCCUCCUCCUCUCCGACUGAAGCCGAGAAGAGAGGGUGCCCCCUGUAGUGUCGCCCCCCAAAAAGCCAGCCCCCUGCACGCCCAGCCAGGCAGCAGCGGCAGCACCAGCGAACUGAGCAAGCCAGGGAGACCGCCGCCUUCCAGAAGUCUCCCCGCAAGCAAGAAUAAAGCCAAGCAGGUCGGCACGCCCAAGAAGAAGGGCAGGACGCCACCGGCCGAGCCCAGCCACUGCCUCAAGGACCCGUCCAUCUUCCAGGUGGCCAGGCAGCUGCGGCUGAUGGCGGUGAAGCCCAACCAGCUGAUCCGCUGCCCCAGGAGGAACCAGCCAGUCAUCGUGCUCAACCACCCCGACGUGGACUCCCCGGAGGUGAGCAACGUCAUGAAGGUCAUCAACAAGUACAAAGGCAACGUCCUCAAGGUAGUCCUCUCAGAGAGGACGCGGUACCAGCUGGGCAUUCGGAGGCACCAUGUCCGCCUCACCUACCGGAACGCCGAGGAGGCCAGCCACCUGCGGAGGCAGCUGAUGCUGAAGAUGAAGCUGAAGAAGGUGCACAGGAACAACUACCAGGUGGUGGACGCCCUGCCGGAGGACUCGGCGGCCCAGUGCAUCUUCAAGUGCUGGUUCUGCGGGCGGCUCUACGAGGACCAGGAGGAGUGGAUGAGUCAUGGCCAGAGGCACCUGAUCGAAGCCACGAGAGACUGGGAGCUGCUCUCUUCCAAGGCCAAAUGACAGGAGGCCCGGGGCCGGACCGCUGAUGCCUUUUUCCGCCUGUCCCACUCUGGGGUGGGGCUUCCCCCCUCUCCCACUCUCCCUGACUCACUAGGAACAAGGCGGCUUGCGGGAGCGAGUAGGGAGUCUGGUUCCUUCUCCGGAGCCCUGGUCGAAAGGUCAGAGCCAGGAGUCUUAG